UUCUUCAACCUCUGCUUCAGUCUCCAACAAAACCUAACCACAAUAAAGCCAAAAACAUGGUGGUUUUAUCACAACCAGUCUCUUUAGACAACCACAUAUCCGUAAUCCCGACAUACAAGCCAGUUCCGGUAAUACCCGUCGUGGACCUAACCCACCCUGAAGCCAAAACCCUUAUCGUGAAAGCCUGUGAGGAUUUUGGUUUCUUCAAGGUUGUAAACCACGGAGUCAGACCAGACCUCAUGACCCGGUUAGAGCAGGAAGCUGUCGGCUUCUUCGCCCUGCCACAGUCUCUCAAAAACCAAGCCGGUCCACCUGAACCGUACGGUUAUGGUAGUAAACGGAUUGGACCAAACGGUGACGUGGGGUGGAUUGAGUAUAUCCUCCUCAAUGCUAACCCUCAGCUCUCCUCAGCCAAAACCUCCGCCGUUUUCAGCCAAAGGCCACUAAUUUUCCGUGAGGCAGUGGAGGAAUACAUGGAAGAAGUGAAGGAAGUAUCUUGCAAAGUGUUGGAGAUGGUGGCGGAAGGAUUAGGGGUAGAGCCAAGGGACAGUCUGAGUAAGAUGGUGAGAGAUGAGAAGAGUGACUCGUGCCUGAGACUUAACCAUUAUCCAACGGCGGAGGAAGAGGCGGAGAAGAUGGUGAAGGUAGGGUUUGGGGAGCACACAGACCCACAGAUCAUCUCAGUGCUAAGGUCCAAUAACACAGCGGGUCUUCAAAUCUGUAUGAAAGAUGGAAGUUGGGUCGCUGUCCCUCCUGAUCACUCUUCUUUCUUCAUUAUUGUUGGAGAUGCUCUUCAGGUAAUGACAAACGGGAGGUUCAAGAGUGUAAAACACAGAGUCUUAGCUGAUACAAGGAGAUCAAGAGUCUCGAUGAUAUAUUUUGGAGGACCCCCACUGAGCCAGAAGAUCAGUCCAUUGCCAAGUCUUGUCCCUAAGCAAGAGGAUUGGCUUUACAAGGAAUUCACUUGGUCUCAAUACAAAUCAUCUGCGUACAAGUCUAAGCUUGGUGAUUAUAGGCUUGGUCUCUUUGAGAGACAACCUCUUCUCACUCAUAGGUCUAAUGUAUGAGACUAGUCAUGAUGAUGCUUAUCAUCCUUUGUAUGAUAAAAAGUCAUAAUUACGAAAGAAGGAAAUGGAUAGUGUUUGGGAUUAGUUUUUGUUUUUGGUCUGUUUUUUUUUCGUUAGGCACAAAAGCAUUAGGCUUUUGCUUAUAGUUUGACUCGACCAAUCUUACAUUUUGUAUUCCCUAGUCUUCUUCUUCUUUUUUUUUUUGCUUUAUUUGUUUGGCUUGUUUGAUUUUCUAUUCCAUUUCCCACUUCGAUUUUGCUUCUUGUACUUUUACAUUAGUGUUCAAGUAUAUAACAAAUGGGUUCACAUACCUCAAUUCAC